AUGGCGUUCGCGGUGGCUGUCCCACGCCCGAGACCCAUCCUCCGUCUGGACCGUCUCCACCUCACCCCCAUCCGCGCCGCCGCGGCGAGGACCCCCGUUCCCCAGCCCCUCCCCGACGAGCUUCAGCUCGUCGCCGACGUUCGCUCCCCGCAUAACCACAUCCGCGUCGCUGACGUCUCCCCGCGCGCUGCCGGUCACCCCCUCGCCGGCGCGCGCCUCCUCCUCCUCGACGGCCCCGGCAACAUCCACUCCGUCUCCUUCCCUUGUCGCCCCUACUGCCCCCUCACUUCCACCUACUUCGACGUCUUCACCACCCUCCCGCCUCUCCUCCCGCGCCCAUCCAUCGCCGUCUUCGGCUUCGGCGCAGGCUCCGCCGCGCGCUCCCUCCUCCAUUUCUACCCAGACAUAUCCGUCCAUGGCUGGGAACUCGACCCCUCUGUUAUCGCCGUCGCCCGGGACUUCUUCAGUCUCGGGGAGCUCGAAAAGGACCACGCCGGCAGGCUGUUCAUCCACGUCGGCGACGCGCUGGAGGCUGAGGCCGUGCCGGGAGGGUUCGGCGGCGUGCUGGUGGAUCUGUUCGCCAACGGGAGCGUGCUGCCGGAGCUCCAAAACGCGGACACCUGGCGCCAGAUAGGCGGGAUGGUGGCGCCGGGAGGGAGGAUGAUGGUGAACUGCGGCGGGGGCUGCGUGGAGGCGGAGGAGGAGGGGAGAGACGGCGAGGCAGUGAAGGAUGCGACGCUGCGGGCGAUGGCGGCAGCGUUCGGGGAGGGAAUGGUAGCGGUGCUGAGCGUGGAUGAAAGUUGGGUGGCGAUGACAGGGCCGGUGGCGUGGGCAUCGGAGGAGGCGGCGGCGUGGAAGGCUAGGCUGCCGCCGGAGCUGGGCCACUAUAUUGACAUGUGGAAGCUGUACAACGACAAUGGUGAUGCAUGA